ACCCAUUCUAAACGAGCACACAUCUCAGUCUGAGAAUCGGAGUCGCUUUUGUUCUGGAUUGACGUGGAUUUCUGCGGGAAAUACAUUUGACACGCUGGAAUAACGGGGAUUCGUGGAAAAUUGUUCGUUUUUUUUGUUUAAAAAUGAAGAAGGAUCAAAAAUAUCUCAUUUUCUUCACUUAUAUGAUUGCUUCUUUUACUAACGUCGACGCUGCGGAUCUCAGCUACACCAUUCCGGAGGAGAUGAGGCCUGGAUCCAUUGUUGGAAAUAUACCCAAGGAUCUGGGUUUGGGAGUGGGGGAGUUUUUCAAGCGAAAAGCUCGGAUUGACAUUGGAGAAAAUGAUCACCACUUCUGCGAUCUUGACCUGAAAACUGGAAAUUUUAUUAUCAAAAAGCGCAUUGAUCGUGAGGAGCUUUGCGGGGAGAAAAUGUCGUGCGUGCUUAGAUUUGAGCUGGUUCUGGAAAGCCCUUUGGAGCUGCAUCGCAUUUCACUGCUCAUACAGGACAUAAAUGAUAAUUCACCGCAUUUCCCUGAAGAUUUAGUUAAGCUAGAAAUACAUGAAUCCGCUGUUAGAGGAACAAGAUAUCGUGUUAAUGAAGCUCACGACUCGGACGUUGGACAAAACACAGUAAGAGAAUACAGUUUAGAAAAGAACGAGCAUUUCGUGUUGUCUGUGCAGGAUGAUACUGAUGGAUCCAAGAAGAUCGAGCUGAUUUUAGACAAAGAGCUUGAUCGUGAAAAAGAGCAGGAUUUGAAUUUUGCUCUGUUUGCAAUUGAUGGAGGAAAUUUGCGAAAAUCGGGCAGUGUGACUAUCAAGGUGACGGUGCUCGAUGCUAAUGAUAAUGCGCCUGUGUUUAAUCAGACCUUUUACAAAGCCAGUUUACCUGAAAACGCGCAGAUUGACACCGUUGUAGCAGCGGUAAAAGCCACAGACGCGGAUGAAGGCGUUAAUGGUGAAGUGAUUUAUGAGUUCAGUCGAAUCACAGAAAAAGCAAAAAAGGUUUUCUCCUUAAACGGUAAAACGGGAGAAAUAAGACUGAUCGGAACGCUGGACUUUGAGACAGAUCCAAAAUAUGAAAUGCGCAUUUACGCAAAAGAUGGUUAUGGACUUUCAUCUGAUUCCAAAUUAAUGAUUGACGUGACUGACGUGAACGACAACGCCCCGAUAAUU